GCAACUCGGGCCCAUCGCGUGUUGGAUUUGGAUGGCCCUGUCGAUCGGCUUGCGGCCGAUCGGCAACCUUGCCUUCACCCCGCCGGUAAGACCGGGCGGUCGGCGCAGUGCCGCAGCGCUUGGCUGCGGACCGGCGCUUCUGGUGCCCAGCGCAGUGCUGGGGCUGGCGCUGGCCAGAGGAGGCGCCCGAGGCUAUCGCUAUCGGCUGAUGGCGGGCCCGGCGAAACCGGUGGAGCCGGCGGUGUUGCGGCAGCUGGGCCAGGAGACUUUGGAGGCCAUCGCGCGGUUCACCGCCUCUGUGCCGACGCGCGGCGUCUGGAAGGACCUGGAGCCGGGUGAGCUGGCGCAGCAGUUCGAGACUUCUGCUCCGGAGGAGCCGCGGGACUACGGGCAGAUCUUGCAAAAGUUGGAGGCCCAGGUCUUCCCGGGGGCUCUCAGCUGGCAGCACCCGAAGUUCAUGGCCUACUACCCCUCCAGCACCUCCGUGCCCGCGAUCUUGGCGGAGACGGUGAUCGCCUCCAUCGGCUCCGUGGGGCUCCAGUGGAAGUCCAACCCCAUAGGUACCGAACUGGAGGUGGUUGUCAUGGACUGGGUGGCCAAGUUCCUGGGCAUCGGCCCUGCCUUCCACCACUCCUCGCAAGUGGGGGGCGGCAUUAUCCAGAACACCGCAGGGGAGUCCAUGCUGAACAUCAUGAUCUGCGCGCGCGUGCGGGCGCACCGGCGAGCCAACCCCGAGCUGUCCCGGGAGGAAGCCUUUUACCAGGACUCCUCCAAGAUGGUGGCCUACCUGUCAGACCAGGCCCACUUCAGCGCUGAGAAGGCCUGCCGCUUGGCCGGGCUGCGGGUCCGCAAAGUGGCGGCAAGGCUGGAGGGCAACUACACUCUGAAUCCCAGCGACGUGAAGGCGGCCAUGGAGAAGGAUCGUGCAGCAGGCUUGCAGCCCACAGCUUUGAUUUUGACCUAUGGGUCCACCAACACCUCCGGCUGCGACGAUGUGAAAGCGUUCAAGGAUCUGGCGGAGGACGACCUUUGGAUCCACGUGGACGCUGCCUACGCGGGUGCUGCCUGGUCUCUGGACCAGUUCCGCCAGGACGCGCAGGCGGUGAGUGAAGUGGUGACCUCCGUGAACAUGAAUGGCUCGAAGUGGUUCCUCUGCGGCUUCGACAGUGCCUUCCUGUGGGUCCGUGAUCGCAAGCUCCUGCUGGACGUGUUCUCUGCCUCUGGCGUCUUUAUGGCGGACGUAGAGGACAUGUCGAUCUACAACCCAGAGUUCAAGGACUGGUCGGUACCCUUGGGUCGACGCUUUCGCGCACUCAGGAUUUGGAUGGUCUUCGAGUACUUCGGCACCAGUGGGUUGAAGUCUUACAUCCGCCAGGCCGUUGACCAGGCCUCCUGGCUUCGAAGCAAGAUCGAAGAGAGCGAGCACUUCGAGCAACCGGUGCAGACUGUCUUCGGCUUGGUUUGUCUGCGCAGUGUGCACGGGGACGAGGUGACACGGCAGCUGGCGGCGCAUCUGGCGGCCCAGGGCUACGGCCUGGCGCCCACGAAGAUCGCGGACCGCGACGCGCUGCGGGUGGCCCUCGGGGCCACCAGCACCACGCAGGCUGACGUGGAGAAGCUCUGGUCAGACAUGUGCGAGUUCGCGGAGGCUGGAAGCAACAAGCGGCAGAAGCGUUGAGCGCCAGAGAAAUCCCCAGCCGAUGGAAGGGGACGUACUGGGACCCAAAGGGGCCCGCCCCCCCC